GAAAGACCAUAAAAAAUAGAAAGAAAUAAAAUAAUUAAAAAGGAAAAGAAGAGAGAGAAGUAGAGGAAUAUCAAUUGGGUGAGGAGAUUCGUUUUCAGUUGGGAGCAUCUGAACCAAUGGAGUGGAGGCGUCGGACCAAGAAGCAGGCUCAGGCUCAGCCGCGGUUGCAGCGCCUCAACGCCAAAAAGGGCUUUAAUUACCAACCACCACCGUCUCCGCCGUCUCCUUCUUCAACCUCUUCUUCCUCCCAUUUCGAUCGCCAAACCAGCUUCCGCCUAUUCGGCAUCGAGGGCGAGUUCGACCGCAUCUUCCAGACCUUGGGUCUGUCCGGCCCGGAAGACUUCGCCAUCCCAACAGCAGACUGGGAAGCCCGCAAGGUCCGCGUUGCUUCUUCCAAGGCCCCCGGGCCCACCCCUACCCCUAACGCGCUUAUCCACUCUUCUACCGAGAUCCACCCUCUUUCCGUCACCACUACUUCUGCGACUACCCUCCAAGACGAUGUCGUUUCAGUUCACGUUUCCGUUAUGGGUUCCUCCCCUUGGUCCUCCGGGGAGCAUGACGCGGGUAGGGGUAGUGUCGGCAGGUUGAGGAAUGGAGAAAGGAGCGUGCUUUUCACCGAUUCAGGUUCCUUCACCACUUCCCACGAUGAUGACAGUGACAUUGGCGGCGAGAGGGUUAGUUCGGUUUCUAAUUCCGCCGCCCCGGAUGAGCUGGUUGUGCCUUUUGUUUCCUCCUUUUCCUUUGAGUGGUUCAGACAGACUUUCUCAUCCUGGCAAAAAGGUGACGUCUUGGGAAAUGGGUCUUUCGGGACCGUCUAUGAAGGCUUCACUGAUGAGGGAUUCUUUUUUGCGGUAAAGGAGGUGUCUUUGCUGGAUGAAGGUAAUCAGGGAAAACAGAGCAUUUUCCAACUUCAGCAGGAAAUAUCUCUUUUGAGUAAGUUUGAGCAUAAAAACAUAGUUCGAUAUUAUGGCUCGGACAAGGACAAAAGUAAACUAUAUAUCUUCCUUGAGCUUAUGUCAAAAGGAUCAUUAUCAAGUCUCUAUCAAAAAUAUCGUUUAAACGAUUCCCAAGUUUCUGCAUACACAAGGCAGAUUUUAUGUGGCUUGAAGUAUCUUCAUGAUCAUAAUGUGGUCCACAGGGACAUCAAGUGUGCUAAUAUACUGGUUGAUGUAAGUGGGGCAGUCAAGCUUGCAGAUUUUGGGUUGGCAAAGGCAACAAAAUUUAAUGAUGUUAGAUCAAGCAAAGGCUCCCCUUACUGGAUGGCCCCUGAGGUUGUUAACUUAAGGGACCAAAGUGGUUACGGGUUAGCCGCCGACAUAUGGAGCUUAGGGUGUACAGUUUUGGAGAUGUUGACACGCCAGCCUCCUUAUUCGGAUUUGGAAGGAAUGCAAGCAUUAUUUCGGAUUGGCAAGGGUGAACUUCCAAGCAUUCCGGAUUAUUUAUCUAAGGAUGCCCAAGAUUUCAUUCGUGAAUGCUUACAAAUUAACCCAAAUAAACGUCCAACUGCAGCUCAGCUAUUGGAUCACCCAUUUCUAAGGAGAACAUUACUGUCUCCCUUAAGUUUUGCUUCUCCUCAGAGGAAAAUGUCUCGGUCAUAAUUAUUAGAGUUCUCAAUGACUAUCGAAACUGGCACUGCGAAGUUCAAGUUUAUCCAUUCUCAUCUUGGGUCUACUGGUGGAAUGUCCAGGAAAAGUUUAAUGGGUUUGCAGAUCUACAGUUGCAUCUAACAACUCUCUGUCUUGAAUGUUGAUCCCAUGUUGAAUUAAUGGAGGGAGAAUGCAUCAUUAUCAGAGUCUCACAGAGGUAUAAGUUUGACCUCUAUGCAAAAUGAGAGAGCAACGGCUCUGUAAUCCAACAAUGUGGAUCUCUUACUAAAUUGGGAAAUGGAGUAUUGAGAAGUGCCCACUAUGGCGUUGCUAUGGCCAAGUACAGUUGUUGGUCAUCUGAUCCUGUUGCACCUACUCACUAGAUUCUAUCAGGAGCUCAUGUUCUUGCGGAAAAAUUGUACAUCACCACCUCAUUCUCUACUCAUCCUAUCAACAUGUAAAUAGAUGGGAAAGGGGCAGGUGCAAGCAUUGUGCUAUGAUAGAGCAACAAUUAAAGUAGAAAUUUUCCACUUUUUUUUUUUCUUAGAACAAUUAAGCAGUACAUAAUUGCAGCACUACUCUCCCCACCCACUUGUAUUUAUACUCUUUUGUAAAAUGAUGACACGUGUAAUAUUUUUGUUAUAUGUGGCUAUUUCUAGAUGUAUAUCAAAUUUUGAUAAUUA